UGCUGCUGCUGCUGCUGCUGACGACGGAGACGACGACGACGACGACGGGGGCUGCCGCUGUUGUCCUGAGAGUUUCCUCUGGCUCUGGCCACACAGCUCCUGGGGAUUGUUCCUCUUCGCUCCAGAAUCUUGGCCAGAACGGCACUUUGGCUCCAAAAUAACUUCUUUUUAAUACUUUUUGUUUGUUUUUUUGGAAAGCACAUCACGAACCAAGCAAAAUUGUGAAGGUUUAUUUCUGUAGCUUGAAGACUUGUGUUCUUUUGUGUUUGUUUUCUGCGUAAAUAUCUGGGUAUAUCUCAAACGGCAAGAUGUCCAGUAAUGUCCCGGCGGAUAUGAUAAAUUUGCGCCUCAUCUUGGUGAGUGGAAAAACAAAAGAGUUCCUGUUUUCUCCCAACGAUUCUGCGUCUGACAUUGCAAAGCAUGUGUAUGACAAUUGGCCAAUGGACUGGGAAGAAGAACAGGUCAGCAGUCCAAAUAUUCUACGACUUAUUUAUCAAGGACGAUUUCUACAUGGAAAUGUCACCUUAGGAGCAUUAAAACUUCCUUUUGGCAAAACAACAGUGAUGCAUUUGGUGGCCAGAGAGACAUUACCAGAGCCCAACUCUCAAGGUCAGAGGAAUCGUGAAAAGACUGGAGAGAGUAAUUGUUGUGUAAUCCUGUAAACACUGUCUGCCUAGUGUGGUGUGACACAGUCUUUGUCUUUCAUGCUGCUGGGACAGAGGAGACCCAACAUAGCUUCAGAAACCUUUAGGAACAGUCUGCCUGCAAAUCCAUGGAACUAAAUUAUCACAUGAACACUGUCAUCUUUUCUCAUGAAAGUAAAACAAAACAAGAACAUUUUUCACUAUGAUUUUUUCUUUCUUAUAUCUUUGUUUAUGUUGAGCAGUUUUAAAUUGUAUUGGUUUUCAAAUGUAGUCAAUCUCCAGGGGAAAAGCUAACAAGUUAUCUUUCAUAGCAGAACCAUUUUGCUGCCACAAAAAUUUUCAUCAUCAGAACUAACAAAUCAAGUGUUCCAAAUACAAUUUGCACUAAAAAAGAUUGACAUUAUUUUCCUCAUCAGCAGAAUUUUUAACAGUUUAUUGUACCUAGAAAUAUUCAUGUAUACAAUUCCACACUGGAAGAUUCUCAGCAAUCCAUCAAGUUAAUUACCGGGCCAACUUAAGAGGAAAAAAAUGGAAAAGAAACUAAAAUGUUGGGUGAAUUCUACCAAAGUCAGCCAUGGUGGCUGCACUGGCACAGAAUAUUAAACUGAGUGUGACUAUUUUCACUGCAACAAAUGAAAAAAAACAAAAUGUGCCUGUUGUUUAAAGCACUCAGUAGAGGGCUGAUGAAACUAUUUUUUUUCCUUUAAUGUGUGCACUCUUGAGUCCUAGUCACUGAGUGCUUGUUCAGACAGCACACGAGGGGUGAGAGUGCGUCUCCUAGCCUUAAAGUGGGAGGUAUGCCAGGCGCUCAGAGGCUUUUGUUAGCUCGCAGAAAUAUUAGAAAACCUCAUUGACUGAUCAAUUUUAUGUAUUUGAAUAUCAGAAAAUUGAAAUUUUCCAUAAUUAUUGCUCAUCCCUAAUCGUGUUCAACAUUAUGCUUCUCAUUAGCGAUUUCAGAUGAAUUCUUAAAAUUAAAAAAAAAAAUCUUCAUAGUACUAAUUUUGUUUCUUUAUACAGUUUGCAUUUGGUGUUAGUGCUUGCAAUUAUAUUAAAAUCUAAAGCUGAUUUUUAAGGCAUACAUAAUUAAGGAUGCCACUCUCUUGUUUUAUACCAAUAAUUUAAAGAUUGAUAUGCUAAAAAAAAAAUCAAUGCACAGCACUAAAGCAUGAGCUAGUUUCACCUAAAUCUGUAAAAAAAUAUUAAAGAUUUUAUAUUUUUUUCACUGGGAAGAAAUUCUUCCUGGAUGAAAUUACAAAUAUGUGUAGAAUAUAUUUAAUAAAAGACUUAUAAAAUAGCUAAAUAUAGAACUUCAAUAUAGAUUGGCGUGUAGUAUAUAGAACAAGAUUCCAUAUAAAUAACUUUAGCCUUUUUAAAAAUGAAGUUGCAGGCUGACAUUAUGUUCUGUACUCAGUAAGUGUUCACAGCCCUUACAGACAUUAAGUGUAAAUUGUUUCAGAUGUUCAGCUUUGUUUAAAUGCAAUCAGGUUGUUUGUUCAUUGUUAAUGCUUUGAUGAAAAGGCUUUAUAUGCAGUAGAUCUACAAAAAUAUUGUUCCUACUGAUCAGAAUUAAAUUUGUAUAGAGCAGAGUUUUAAAAUGAAUGUAAAUAGCACUAAACUUUUUCUUUCUGCAACCUGUACUUAUAGAUUCCUUCUGUAAACUAAAUUAAAAAAAAUAUAUUGUAGUACAUUUUGGUGGUAAUUUUAAAGGUGUUGAUUAGGUCAGUAAUUGUUUAAGCACUGUCUCAUCCAUGUUAAAAUUGUUUUCUACUUUUAUUUCUGAAUCUUUUAAAAUUCAUUUCAAUUAAUAUUCUGUUGUUGGUUUGGGAGUAAUCCCAAUGUAUCUUUGAUAUUUAACCUGGUUAAUUUGUGCACAGUCACAACAGUGGAUAGAAUUAUGUAGUCUCUGUUAUACUAAAAUGUUAUAUUCAAGAGAUGUUAAAUAUUUAUAUGCUUUGUUGCCUUGCUCAAAUGUGAAUCCUGUUAGUGUUGACUGAAGAAGAAUCUGGUAGUUUCUUAAUUGGGCAAUUAACCAUUUAUGGCUCUAUUUUUCUUUUGGAAAACAAACUACUGGUAAUUAUUUUUAGGACUUAUUUUGAUUCUAAUUACUCCUAUUUUUCCAAAGUUAAAGACUAUCAGUUAAUCAUGAUUACGUUUUUCUGAUGGUUAAAAAGUUCUGUUUGUUUUCAAUACAGUUUUUUGUGUGUUUCCACAUUAUAUAUUUUUCCCUUUUGUAAGACUUCAAUUUAGAGUUUGCUAAGUGGGAUAAAAUGAUUCAUUAGUAGAGAAAGAAUUAUGUCACUUAAUAUCUAAUAUUAUAGUUGUACAAAAUGGAGAAAGAAUAAAAAGUAGCAGUAAAAUUAUAUACUGAAAACACCAAAAAUUUAGAUGCCUUAAUAGUAUAUACAUGAAAAUACUCAACUAUCCCUUAAAAACAAUUCCUCGGACUGCCUGAUGGUUAAAAUAGAAUUGAUCCAUAUGCAAGGCCACUAUUGAAGAUCCUCUGCCAAAAAUAGCCCCUCACUUAACCUGAAGGUGGGAGCUGCAUAGACCCAGUCAUGUAAAUAAAGCCUGAACUGCGGGCCUGUGCUCCUGCCCAGCGCUUGGCAUCUGACUCAUCUCUUACCUGAAGUGUCCUAGACUUAAGUAUUCUGGACAAAGCAAUGCGUUUCUUUUAUUAAAACCUCAGCAUGUCUCCCUGAUCUGAAAUAUUUGCUUUCUUUUCAAAAUAAGUUGUAUCUUAUCAUGAAAAAUAUAGUAUCUAACAUCAUCAUUCACAUUGAGGUUUUCUCAUAACAAACAUCUUUAGUUUUAUGAAGUCAUCUUGACCAAUGUUACAGUAAUUUCUGUUAACUGAUUGUGGUAAGCAAUGUUAAUGUGAAAAGAAAUUAAAACUUUCUUUAUCUGUUGUAGAA